AUGCGCAACAGGACUAGCGGCCACUUCCAACCCAGCUGGAGUCGCCCCCCUCAGGAUCCUCGGACUGAAGACGCCCGGCGCACGACCAAGGACGGCUUAGCCCAGAGACGGCCGGGGGAACCAAGUUAUACUGAGCUGUACCCACCCGGAAAGCCUAGGACAUGGCACAACUUGCUCUCUAAGGCUUUUUGGGCACGACGCACAUCAAAACACUCCAUGGGCACAUUUCCUUAUGUCUUGACCUACAGCCAUGACACUGGUAAACUAAUGGAGUUAGAGGUUCGAUUUCUUCGAGUUUCCAAGCGACUUAGGCGAAAGACGAAGAACUACGCGCAAACCGUGCCCCGGGGUUUAGAAAAGUUAGAAUAG